UGUGUCUCGGCUUACAGAGGCAGAGUCAGCCCGUGAGAUGGGCAGGACCGCACGGUCACCAUUCCCCAGUGAAGGAGGGCCGGCGGUGGGAGUGGAGCUCGGGCUCAGACUCGGAGCGCUGGAGGUGGAGGAGAGUUAGCUCAGCUGCUAAAAAAAAAAAAACCUUCUGCUUCUUUUUUUUACAUACAAAUAAAAAUGUUUCCUGUCCGCGCUUCGCAGCUCGAUCGGAUCCAACGAUCCAAGGAAGGUUGUUGAUGUUUUUUCCCCGGAGCCUUGAGUUAUGCUCUCACGAAAGAAAAGCAAAAACGAAGCGUCGAAACCAGCCGAGGUCCACGGGAAGUAUGUGAAGAAGGAGACGUCCCCGCUGCUGAGGAAUCUUAUGCCCUCAUUCAUCCGUCAUGGACCCACUAUUCCCAGACGCAGAGAGGUCGCCCUGCCCGACAUGGGCCCCUCCUCUGCCUACCCCGUGGCGCCCAGCAGGGAGCCUGUGGUUUCCCGCAACAAGAGUUUCCUCCGUACGCCCGUGCAGAGGCCUCCACACGAGGUGGCCCGCAGAGAGAGCCACCGCAUGUCGGCACCUCCGUACCUGCCCCGCAGCCUCGGAGAUCUGCCCCACGAGUACGGCGGCUCCUCGCAGUCCUUCCUCUCGGACGUGAGCCCCAUGUCCGAGAACGGAGACGCCGCCCGGUAUUAUUACCCCCCUGAACCUUACUAUGACAACCAGCAGCACCAACAACAACAACAACAACAACAGCAGCAGCAGCAGCAGCAGCAGCAGCAGCAGCGUCAGCCCAGGAGGGUCCCCGACCGCUUCCCUGAGGACUAUAGAUACUAUGAGCACAAUGAGCACAACUUCCAAAGACUUCCACGACAGCACACGCCGCCAGCUCCAAGCAGACCCCCUUCAGGCAUAGGUCGAAUACAGGCCAAGUCCCUCGGGAACCUCUCCAGCCUAACGGGAGAGGACCUCCCCCUUCCUGCCGGCUGGACCGUCGACUGGACCAUCCGUGGCAGGAAGUACUACAUCGACCACAACACUAACACUACACACUGGAGCCACCCUCUGGAGAGGGAAGGGCUCCCUCCGGGCUGGGAAAAGGUGGAGUCGGCCGAGUUCGGGGUCUAUUAUGUGGAUCACAUCAACAAGAGGGCACAGUACCGCCACCCCUGUGCUCCGAGCGUGCCUCGCUACGAUCAGCCGCCACCUUUACCGCCGCCUGUCACCUAUCAGCCGCGUCCAGCAGAGAGGAACCAGCCGGUGCUGGUGCCAGCUAACCCAUACCACACGGCCGAGAUCCCAGACUGGCUGCAGGUGUACGCCCGUGCACCACUCAAGUACGACCACAUCCUGAAGUGGGAGCUGUUCCAGCUGGCCGACCUGGACACGUAUCAGGGCAUGCUGAAGCUGCUCUUCAUGAAGGAGCUGGAGCACAUCGUGAAAUCGUACGAGGCGUACCGGCAGGCGCUGCUGUCCGAGGUGGAGGCUCGCAAACAGCGGCAGCAGUGGUACGCCCAGCAGCCCAACAAGAACUUCAUAGGGAACAUGUGACGCGUGUGUGUGUGUGUGUGUGUGUGUGUGUGUGUGUGCGUGUGUGUGUGUGUGCGCAGCGGAGGGACGUCGCCUCGCUGCCACACCUCUCUUGAGGUUUCCACAAGUUUGGGAGCGGUCCGGGUUUUUCUUUGAAAUCAUGAUCGACUCUUAAUUGCCUCUUCUUUUUUUUUUUUUUUUACCAAACACAUCUGUGCCUUCGCUUGAUCCAAAUAUAUCAGCCAGGAAAGUCGAAACACAUCGACGGGGCGGGGGGAGGGGGGGGGGCCCUUUCCCCUCCGCGUGCCACUCAAUUUAUGAAUGACUGAAAGACAAAAACACUCCGAUGAAGAAAAACAUAACGUGCUGCAUGUGUGGAGGCGGCUCGUCGGUGCCAUUUUCACAGAGAACUGAAUCGCUGUUUCUAGAGAACAGAGUCUGAAAGAAACUCUGGAUAUUUGUUGAAAAACAUCCUGAGAUUGUGCCUUUUUUUUUUUAUUAUUAUUAUUAUUUUAAUAAAAUAAAAUAAAAGCAGCAUUUUUUACAAUGUCUGCUCAUGUCUUCUUGUAAACACACUUCUUCUAAUCUCUGAAAUAUUUCAUCUUGCUUUGUUACCCUUCAUAAACUGAACACACUCUUUUACAUUAAACUUUUUUUUUGUUGUUAUUUUUUUUUAUGACGUAUCCUUUAUAAAAAGACAAUCCACCAAAACUUAUAAAACAGAUAUUUAAGUUUUCAUAUGAAACACGUCUUUUUAUUUAAAGACUUUUGUUGUUGUUGUCGUUGGAUGAAGCGUUUGAGCAUCUCUCGGCUCUUUGGCAUUACUGUAAGUCAGGAAUAUUCUUAUGUGUGUGUGUGUGUGUUUAUAAUGAAACAUAAAUAAGCUACUGGAACUUUAUUAAGUUGACAUUAAGUUUGCCAAACAAGUGCAAUUCAACUUCUUGUUUCAUUCUUUUUUUUUUGGAUAUUUCUUGCCUUGGUAAUGCCUUUUUUUAAUUUUUGUUUUUUAUGGACUGACACGUCUCGUCUGUGGGCGGAGGUGCUGCAGCUUCUUGGAAGAUCACUAAUCAUUCAGCCUCUUGAGAUACUCAGAAAUGUUUUCAUCUAGCAGAGACCGGUGCUAGCCUCCAAUCAACUGAAGAUUUAUUGGCACUUAUAAGAUUUACAACGAGAAAAAUAAACUGAGUGUUUAACAUUUCUGAAUGUCCGAACAGGCCGUCUGAUUCACAGCCUCUCUUCCGCGAGUCCUUCACUAUGCAAGACGGUUUUUUUGUUUUUUUUUAAUGGCAUCUUUUCGGACGCGGUGUCAUGAGUUUGUACAUAUCUGAUUUUGUGGAUUGCAAAUACAGGACAUAAGCAAUAAAGUCUGCAGUGAAGAAAACUA